GAACGUCCAUCGAAAAGCUGCAUCCCACCUUCCUUACCUUCAUGUAACGCCACCUCCGUAAUAAAUCCCGUCUCUCUUCUUCCUUCAUACCUAUCUACCCACCACGGAACCACAGCGUCAAGGAAAGACGACAUUACCUUCCGCUAGUCGUCUGGCGGCCCCGAUAUCUCCUUUUCUAUCAUGCUUCGUCGCUGUCAAGGGCCAUUAUAGCGUUGUGGCUUCGUCUCUCCUCGACUGCCCGGGCUGUGUGCCUCAUCGCAACAUGCCGGACCCCGUCAAGGCUGCGCAUUAUAUCCAGGCCCUCUGCGCUGCCAGGGCUGAAGGCAACUGGGAGGCCGUCCCCGAAUUCGUGCGCAAGAUCCGGAAACAUGCCCCGGACCGAGCCUGUCUCGCCCUGACCGCCGAGGUCGAACAUUCCAUUUCCACCGCUGCCAAGCAACCCGGCAUUGCCUCUCGUCCCUCGACCGCCCUCACCGCGAAGGACCUCGACGUGUCCAACCAACUGCCGAAGCUUCUCGAGGUCAUAGAGAAUGAAGCACAGUUCCUAGAAGACAAGUUUCAGGCCCAGGUCUGCGUUGGCUGGCUUCACUGGACCGUCGGCGAAUACAGUCUGGCUGGCGUCCGACUCCCCUCUCGCCUCGACCUCGAACAAAUUCAGUUCGACCCGACCCACAAGGCCUCCGAGUGGACCAACGUCUGCGCUCUCAAGGCCGCCUACCUGAAAGCCGACUGCUUGGUGGUUGGCAAACAGAGGGAAGAAGCGCUGCGCAUCUUCGAGGCCGCCCUGCCGACCUUGUCCGCCGUCCCCUUCGGCAAGGCCACCGGAAAGCAACUACGAUACUGCUCCGAGCUGUUCCUGACCGAGUUCUGCAUGCUGCAGAGCCAGGCCCUGCGCGCAAACGAACGGUCGCUGGAGGACCCCAACUCGCUGGCAUGCUUCCGGUCCUGGGCCGAUUACUGGGAUGCAUUUGGCGGGUCGCUGGGAGGCCAUGGAUUCAGGGGCUCUGUGCCGAGGAGGCGGGUGUGGAACGAAUACUUCACCGCCUUGUCCACCAUACUCGAGCUGGACCUCCCGUACCCCACCGGUCAUCCGAAGAGCAUUCCCGCCGAAGAAUCCUCGGCGAGAGCUCACCUACGCACCGAGUUGGCCAAGGUGGAGACGGCCUACGAAGCCUUGCUCCUGAACGAGACCAAGUUCCCCCGGGCGGACGAAGAACGUGAAGAGGUUGAGAACUUUGUCAAACUCACCAUGAGAAACUGGUCUCUCCUUUGCGGUCGCGGUUGGCGUGAGGAUCAUCUCGGUCCCGAUGGACGUCAGGGCAUCAGCCGCCGCGUCCUGGACGUCCUUUACCGCGCUGCCACCAAGACGUACCAUUCGACCACGAUACUGCGAUGCCUUUUCCUCGUCCACCUUUCCGUCGCCGAGUUCGGCCUAGCCUUCAAAGCGUUCGAUUCGUACCUGGACCUCGUCAAGCAUGGCAAGGCCCGUGUGGACAAGACGGGCCAUCUGGAAGGGGCACUCGAUGAUGAUGCCACCGUUCUCGAAACCAUCUCGCAGUGCAUACUGGCGCUGUGUCGGUACGGGGGCCGGGACGCCGCCGAAAAGGCACGAGACCUUGGCGGUGAGCUCGAGGACAUGAUGGCGAGAUUGCCCCAACUGAAGGCAGGCGUCUCGGACGGAACGACCCUGCCGGAAAUCGAGGAAACCACCAGUCCUCUGCACCCAGAGGUCCCGCCUAGCACCGUGGCGUUGUCCUGGCAGGCUAUCGGUCUCUCCCAUGCGCAUUGGUCUCGCGUCACGUACGAUGCCGUCGCCAGGACCGAAAUCCAGGGGAAAGCCAUUCGCUGUCUCCGCAAGGCUCUUACCCCGGAAUUGGGCCGCACGAGAGACGUCCGCAGCCUGUUUGCUCUGGGCUUACUGCUCGCCGAGCGGCGGGAACUGUCAUCCGCCAUCGAGCUUGUCAAGUCGGCGUUGAUUUCCAACAAGUCGGCCGAUGGUACCGGUACCCCUAACCACUACCAUGGGCCGUUCUGGCAACAACGCUCGCUCAUAUCUCUCUGGCACCUGCUGGCCCUCCUGCUCAGCGCGAGGCAAGACUUCUCGAUGGCGGCACGAGCCUGCGAGGGCGCCUUUGAGCAGUUCAAGGACCCAACCGUUCUUUUCGGGACGACGACGCAUCCGCUUUUCAGGAGCGACCAUCUGAACGAGCUCGAGGCGGCCGACGAGAAGAGUCAGGAGCGCCGACGCGGCCUCGUCGAUGACAUGGACGACGCGGAGCGGGAGAGCCUCCUCGAGAUCCAGGUCUCGCAGCUCAUGCUCGUCGAACUGCUGGAGGGCCCGGAGGUGGCGGUGAACGCGAGCGACGAACUGCUCUCUCUCUUCUCGCGGCUCUUUGGCGACGUGCAGGCGUCCCCCAACAAGUCGUCUGCGCUAGGGGCUCCCGCGCCCCCGCAGGCGCCGAAGAGCUCGGCGGGUACGUUCCGGAGCAUCAAAGGUAGCAUUUUCGGCGGGCGUUCGGCAAAGUCGCAUGACACGGCCAAGCCAAGCGCGGGCGCGGGCCCGGGUAUGAACACGACCCUGGAGAGUGAAAAGGCGUCGGUGUCGACACGGCCGCAAACGACGCAGACUACGGCUAGUAUCGCCCCGACCAUACAAGUGACGGGUGAAAAUGGACACGCGGUCCAGAGGCGACCGUCCCGGAGAUUGUCCAGCGCGCGUCGGGCGCGGAGCGAGUCGGGGAAGCGCAACAGCCUGCUGAAAAGGGAUCAGAGCACCGGUCGUCGGAGGGCGCCCAGUGCCGGCUCGUACCCCCCACCUGCUACCAUGGCUGAUGGCGAAGGCUUCUUCGCUCCCGGUCCCCAUGACGCCGCCCAGCAGCGAGGGGACCAUGGCACUACCCCGAGCAAGCGUCAACCUGCGGCCUCGUCCUUCUCCCGGGGGCAAACAUUAUCGCAUAGCAACUCGGUCGCAUCCCAGGGGUCCAGGUCGACGGUCUCCUCCUACCCUGAGAUCACGUCGGACGCGACGUACACCAUUACCAGCCCCUUGCCGAUUAUCCAGUUCGGCGCAGAGCACGAGCGUAAGCAGCGGGUGGCGCUCCUCAUCAGGGUCUGGCUCGUGGUGGCAGGGUUCUAUCGGAGGGCGGAGAUGUUUGAGGACUGCCGGGGUGCCAUCGCGGAGGCGCAGAAGCUCGUCCAGGGACUGGAAGCGACUGAGCGGGAAGCAGAAACGAUCUCGGCAUCGAGUCAGAGUCCCGGCUGGGCAGAGAAGAAGAGCAUUGACGAAUUGUGGGGUGACGUCUGGGCCGAGCUGGGAUACUUGUCGCUCGCCAAGGGCGCGCCUUUCGAUGCUCGUUCCGAGUUCGAAGCCGCCCUCACCCGUUUCCCCGACCAUCCGUCCGCCAUCGUCGGUCUCUCCAACAUCCUGCUCGACCUCUACUCCGAGAAGCUCCUCCCCCUACCGACCAUGCCCGACCUCGCCACAGUGGAGGACAAUUUCGUGUGCGUCUCGCUUCAAUCGUCCGGUUCCAUCCCCCGCAUCACGACGCCAUCGCAGGGCCUGCCUUCGACGCCCAUCGGCCUGGGCAUCAACCCCGCCACCACCAACUCGGAUCCUGCUGCUGCUGCCCCUGCUGCCGUCGUCACCCUAGUCGCAAGGAAUGGCGGGACCAAAGGUCCCCAAGCCGACGACGACAAGACCCUGCCGGCCGCCUACAAGGCGACGUCCCUGCCGCUGAUCGACCGGCUCGCGGCGCGCGACCGGGCCAACGGGCUCUUGAGCGGCCUCACCAAGCUGGGCUCCUCGUGGGACUAUCCCGAGGCCUGGUUCACGCUGGCGCGGGCGCAUGAGGAGAGCGGGCUGUUGGAGAGGGCCAAGGAGGUUCUUUGGUGGUGUGUCGAGCUCGAGGAGGGCCGCGGCGUGCGCGAGUGGAGGUGUCUUGGUCAUGGUGGCUACGUCCUCUGAGUUGGUUCCCUGGGACGUUGUUUUCAUUACCGGCCUCUUUCGGUUUUUUUCCCCCCCUCUCUCUCUUCUCUUCUCUUCGUUUGAACUUUUUUUUCAAAAUUUCCUUCUUUGUGUCACGACAAGCGGGCAUCAUCACCUGAGAGAGUCCUCCGGUCUAAGUGGUUUGGCAUCCAAAGCUUUUAGCAUCUUGUUUUGCAUUUGUUUAAUUAUUUUUUUGUUUCUUCCUCUUUGCUUAUUUGUUAGCUUUUGUAAAGAGCUAUGGAAUCGAAUAGGAGAGGUUGGAAACGAAAAGAACAAGGAGAAGUGAAGGAUAGAGAUAGACAUGGGAAAGAAGAAGAAAAUAGCCAAGCAAGCGUUGAAUACGCAUUUGGAAUCUUGCCGUC